UUGAUAGACGUCUGUGAUUCUAAGUAUUGCACUGCUUUGGAGACUGCUGCAGGUGGUCGGUUGUACAACGUGGUGGUGGACACUGAGGUGACCAGCAAGCUAUUGCUGCAGCGCGGGCAGCUGCAGACUCGCACCACUAUCAUCCCGCUCAACAAAAUCACUGGACACAUCAUCGACCGCAAGACUGUGAGUCUGGCGCAAGAAAUUGGCGGCGGUCCGGAGAACGUGCAGCUGGCUCUAGACCUGGUGUCAUACGAUCAGCGACUCAAACCUGCCAUGGCGUGGGUGUUCGGUGGCACGCUGGUGUGCCGCGACCUGGACACAGCGCGUCGCGUCACGUUCCACCCGCGCGUGCGGCGCCGCGCCGUCACGCUCGACGGUGACGUGUUCGACCCGGCCGGUACGCUGUCGGGUGGAGCCCGCGCCCAGGGUGGGUCGGUGCUGAUGCAGCUGCAAGAGCUGAAGCAGCUGGAGGCGGAGCUGCGUGAGGUAGAACAACAGUUGUCUGCAUGCACCGCCGAGUUGAACUCGCUCCAGCAGCUUGCAGAUAAACAUGUUGCGCUACAACAGAAGUUGGAGGUGUCGCGGCACGAGCUGGGCGUGGCGCAAGCGCGCGUGGCUGCCACGGCGCACGCGCAGCUGCAUGCAGAGAUACACGCGCUCAAACAAAAGGUAGAACAAUUGAGUGCGGCUGUAGAGCGAGAUAAAGUGACACAAAACGAGACAGCUGCCAGGGCGAAGGAGCUGGAAGCAAAAGUGAAAGAUAUCAAAGGGCAUCGGGAGAGAGAAUUCAAAAAAGCAGAGGAGGCAUUGAAAAAGGCCAAAAAGGAUGCAGAGAAUCACAGUACUUCGUGGAAGAAACGGGAACAAGAGUUUGAAACCCUGAAGCUGGAGGUCCGCGAAUUGGAGCAAGCCGUGGCAACGAGUACCCAACAACUGGAAGAAACCAAUGAGGCCUCCAAAGCUUUGCAAGAAAACCUUACUGCGGCGAAAAAUGAACAUGCUAAUGCCUUGGAAACCGUUAGAGAAAUACAAGCAAAAAUUAAACAGCAAAAAGCAGAGAUAGCAAGUCGUAGUGGCGAUAUUGCAAAGCUAUCACAAAAGAAGGAAAAAUUGCAUAAAAAUAAUAAUGAGCUUGAGUUAAAAAUAAAGGAGUUGGACUACAAGAUUAAAGAGUUACAGACUGAAGCCACUGAGUGUGAAAAGAAGAUAAAAUCAUUGGAGACCGAGAACCCGUGGAUUCUAUCGGAGCGGCAGUACUUCGGCGCUGCCGGUGGGCUGUACGACUUUGCUGCGAGACAAGUUGGCGUAGCUGGGCAGCGGCUGCAGCAGCUGCAGGAGCGGCGCGACAAGCUGGCACGCGGCCUCAACGCACGCGCUCACACGCUGCUGGGCAAGGAGGAGGAGCAGUAUCAAGAUGUGAUGAGGAAAAAGAAGAUUGUAGAAGCAGAUCGUAAGAAGCUCGUUCAAGUAAUGGCCGAAUUAGACGAGAAAAAAAAACUUACUCUUGUCGCUGCUUGCGAACAGGUGAACCGCGACUUCGGAUCAAUCUUCAGCACGCUACUGUCGGGCGCACAGGCGCGUCUCACGCCGCCGCCCGGCCUCUCCGUGCUCGACGGGCUCGAGGUUAAGGUGGGGUUCAACGGGCAGUGGAAGGAGUCGCUGGGCGAGCUGUCGGGCGGGCAGCGCUCGCUGGUGGCGCUGUCGCUGGUGUUGGCCAUGCUGCUGUUCAAGCCGGCGCCGCUCUACAUCCUGGACGAGGUGGAUGCUGCGCUGGACCUCUCGCAUACGCAGAAUAUCGGACACAUGCUCAAGGAGCACUUCAAGCACUCGCAGUUCAUCAUCGUGUCGCUGAAGGACGGCAUGUUCAACAACGCCAACGUGCUGUUCCGCACCAAGUUCGUGGACGGCAUGUCCACCGUUCAGCGCACAGUCAACACGCAUCGCUGA